AUGGCGGGCAAAGAGGCGACAGUGUACAUACUCGAUUUGGGGCGGUCGAUGGGUGCGAAGAGACAUGGCCGCGAUCAGAUAGACCUUGAUUGGGCAUUAGAGUAUGUGUGGGACAAGAUCACAACAACCGUUGGCACAGGCAGGAAAAGCGCGCUGAUGAGCGUAAUUGGCUGCCGAACGGAUGAAACCGAUCUCGCUGGGGUUAUGGAAGAGGGAGAGGGGUAUGAGAACAUCAAAGUGUUCUCAGAACUGAAGCCGUACCUACUGAGCGAUAUCCGAAUGCUGCAAGAGCAACUCAAACCAAGUAAAACGGAGGAUGGCGACCUACUCUCUGCCCUUGCGAUAGCUGUUCACAUGAUUGACAAUGCAACAAAAGGGACGAAAGGCAACCCAUUGAAGUACGAUCGCAGGGUCAUCAUCGUGACUGACGGUCGCGGCCAAAUGGACACCGAAGAUCUCGAGCAGAUGGCCAUGAAAAUCAAAGAUUCAGAUGCUCCAUUCGAGAUUGUCCUGCUUGGUUUAGACUUCGAUGACCCUGACGUAGGCUACAAAGAAGAGGAGAAGGAGCCUCGAAAGGCGAAAAAUGAGAAGAUACUGAGAGACUUUGUAGACGACUGCAACGGCAACUUCGGUACACUUGCGACAGCUAUCGAUCAGCUUCACACCCCUCGUCUGAAGGAGACCCGGCCUGUUCAAAGCUACAGAGGCUCACUUACGUUGGGAGAUGCUAGCAAGUACGAGGCUACUAUUACUAUCGAUGUUGAGCGAUAUCCAUGUACCAUGAUUGCGAAGCCGCCCACGGCAAGUACAUUUGCAGUGCGGACAGACCCUGCUGGCGCGUCUGGCCCAAGCGUGGAAUCAUCGGCGACUGCAGUUAGUGAAGACCAGCCAAUGACCGAUCUGUCGGCGGUUCACAACCAGCGCCUCUAUCAGGUGGAUAGCCUAGAUGAGCCGGGCCUGAAGAAGCCGGUCGAGCUUGAUGAGCUAGAGCGCGGCUACGAAUACGGCAGAACAGCGGUGCACAUUUCAGAAUCUGACAUGAACGUCGUGAAAUUGGAAACCCAACAGGCUCUAGAGUUGGUGGGGUUCGUCAAGGGAGAGGAAUUUGAUCGCUAUCUUCCCUUGAGUCGCGCCAACUUCAUCGUACCGCAGAAGGCCAACCCGCAAGCUCAGCUCGCUUUAUCAUCGUUCAUCCACGCUCUCUACGAAGCUGAUUGCUAUGCGGUUGCACGGCUGGUAGCCAAGGAUCUUAAGCCUCCGGUAUUGCUGCUACUUGUUCCACGUAUCGAGCUGGAGUGGGAAGCCCUGGUCGAUGUUGAGUUGCCGUUCGAAGAAGACAUGAGACGGUACAAGUUUCCGCCAUUAGAUCGCAAACUCACAGUCAGUGGCAAGACCAUCACUGACCAUAAGGACCUGCCGACAGACGAACUCGUCAAUGCUAUGAGCGACUACGUCGAUGCGAUGGAGUUAUCAACAUUUGGCCGCGACGAAGAUGGAAACGAGGAGGAGUACGCUAAACCAGAGGAUACAUUCUCUCCCCUUGUCCAUCGUAUCCUUCAGAUCAUAAAAUGGCGAGCGACACAUCCCGAUCCCACCUUGCUUAUGCCUGACCCGCCAGAGAUUCUAAUGAAAUACUCCGAGCCACCAGCAGAGCUCACCGCAGCCGCGGAAAAGCAACUGAAUGCCGUCAAGAAAGCAGCAGACGUCAAGAAAGUUCCACCAAAGGUCAAAGGUCGUGGCAAGCGCCAGCGUACAGACCGCAAUAAACCUCUUUCAGGUCUUGAUGUUGACGAACUCCUCGGCAACCCCAAGCGUGUCAAGAUCGAAACCAACAACCUCGUACCCUCGUUCAAGCAAGCUCUUGCCGCCUCUGACGACUUGGACGCCAUCCAAGAAGCUGUCGACGGUGUUGCGAAGGAAGUCCGCAAUCUCAUCAGCAACAGUGUCGGCGACAAUGCUUAUGGACGGGCACUUGAAGCUAUUCGUGUCAUGCGGGAGGAGCUCACCGAGCUUGAGGAACCAGAAAUGUAUAACACGUUUAUAGCGCGACUGAAGGAAGAGGUCCUUGGCGGAAAAUUGAAUGGCAAUCGCCGGGACAUGUGGUGGAAGAUUAAGGGAAAUCGUUAUGGACUUGUCGAUUCGAAGAAGAGUUACGUCAGCCCUGUGACGGAAGACGAAGCCAGAAGGUUCUACGAGAUUUGA